AUGUCAAAAUCUGACAUUUUUACUAAAUCAAAUCUGGUUUACAUACCGCUGUCAGUAACGACCGCUCACACAUUACAUUUCAUAUUUAAUUCUCAAUUAUCAACAUGGCAAGAAUUUCCCCCAAAUUUACCUACCUCAGUAUAUUCCUCUAUAUUUUUCACAAUAUUAUUAUCGUUUAUAUCACUUUCAUUUGAACCAAUUCAAACAAGAAGUCGAUUUUAUACGUUAUUAACUCUCGCCCUUAUAUAUGUUACAAUUCCAAUAAGUUUUCGCGGAAAAUACCCACCUUUGCCUCAUAAUGUUUUUGUAACUUAUGGAGCAAUUUUUGGACUAAAAAUGUUUUUGUUCUUAAAAUCCAAUCGAGUAUAUUUGAAUCAAGAAGAUUCGAAACAAAAGAAAGAAUUUAAAUCAUUCCUUUGGUCUUUAUUUAAUUUACGAUUUAACUCUUAUAUAAUUCCUCCAAAAAAGGAAAAUUCUAAUGAAAAAGAAAAUACCUUGAUUAUUACAUCACCCACGACUUCACAAAUCAACCAAAAGAUAAUUAAUCGAUCCAUAAUUACCUUUGCAAAAUGUCUUAUUCUUGAACUUGUAAUGUACAAUGCAAUUACAUGUACAUUGGUGAUUCCUGAGAAUUCAUACCAACUUCGUUUAAUUGAAUUUUUUAUGAAAGGAAUCCCCGCGAUUACAAUGCCCUUAAUGUUACAAUACUUAAAUUUCCUUUUAUAUGCACAUCUAUCGUUGUCAGUAUAUUUAUACGAUAUAUACACUAUUAUUAGUGCAAUCUUUUAUCGUUUAUUCCUUCAUUCCUCAUCGGAAGAAAUUAAUUAUAAACCUUUUUUAAUUAAAUCUGGAAUUCUCACUUCUUCCGAAUAUUUCUCCCUAAAAGAAUGGAUGAUCACAUACCUUUUCAAUACAAAACAUUUGUUUAGUGAACCAUGGAUGGCAUCAAGCCCUCGUGACUUUUGGUCUGUUCGUUGGCAAUUAUUAGCUAAUGAAUUUUUCAAAGAACUAGGUUUUUUACCUGUUAAGAAUGUAUUCGCUCCAAUUGCCCCUAAGAAAAUCGCAAAUAUGAUGGGUGUACUUGGUGCUUUCGGUGUUAGUUCUCUAUUACAUGAAUACCUUAUUAUUGGAAUGCUCGAUAUUUGGAAAGGUGAACACGCCUUUUUCUUUAUGAUCCAUGGUGUAAUAUUCAUCAUGUGGGAAGCUGUUUUUGGUCGUGAAAAUAAAAAUGAGAAUUCAAAAAUUAAAAGGUUCUUAAAGUGGUUCUUAUUGUUGAUUAUAAAUUUAUCGGUUUUGCCAGCAUUCAUUGAACCUUUUAGACGAAAACCUGAUCUUCUUCCUUUACCUUCAUUUUGGCAAAAUUUUAUUAAAUAA